AUGGGCUCGGGCCAGAACGGUCAGCUUACAGGCGAUUCUACGGUGCAUACUCCGUACACACAGGGUGCUUACUCGACAUUAGAUGAUCCACAAGUGAUCGACCCGGCUAUGCUUGACCUUAGCCGGUCGAGACCUGGGAAUUUAGACAUAGAUCCUCAGCUGUUGGAUGCUCGCGGAGACCACGACAGCGCAGGUGCUGGGAUCAAGGCCAUAUCACAUUGGCCGGAGAACUACCUACCGCCAAAUGAGAUACCUGGGGUGCAUAGUGAUGUACUCGGCGGAUUUUCUGGCGAUCUUCAAGUAGAUGGUGGAAACAAGGCUGGCCGCGGGCUCCCUCGACGGAGAAGCCGGUACCUGACCAGACACUCAGCAGCAGCUGGUCCCGUUGUUAUCCCCAAUGCCAGUUCUCAUGAUCCCAUGGAACGAUGGCGGAACUCACCACCAGAGGAGGAGCCGGCGCUGAUCCCGGAUAUCAUUGAUGCGUUGAAAACCACGCCAGAACCUGCGAAGCCAAAUGGCUCACGAGGCAACAAUGCAUUCCGUGACUAUCGUCGCGCUGCAUCGACGACUAGCGGCGAAUCCAGUGCCUCCUCUCGAGACUCGCAGCAAUCAGGGCGCUCCAGCUCGUCAGGCCGGGGUCGGCUCCGGGCUGGCAAAAACACGCGAAAGAAGCAGAGCAACACCAAUGCGCUGCGCCGCUACUGCUGCACCUUUUGCUGCGACAGGUUCAAAAGCAAGUAUGACUGGGCGAGACAUGAAAAGUCCCUCCACGUUACUCUAGAGGCAUGGCACUGUGCUCCGUUUGGCACCACCAUCCCAUCCAACGCACUAGGCGAAACCCUCUGCGCCUUCUGUGGCAUCACCAAUCCAACCCAAGCACACAUAGAAACCCACGAACCAACAGCCUGCGAAGCCCCAUCUCCACCCAAAACCCGGCGGUCCUUCCGGCGCAAAGACCACCUCGUCCAACACCUCCGCCACGUCCACAACGUCCCAGCGACAAGCACACCACCGGAUCUCGCGUCCUGGAAAAUCGGCCACUCAUCCAUCCCCUCGCGGUGCGGCUUCUGCAAUAAAUCCUUAUCCACCUGGGCCGAACGCACCGAACACCUCGCCGAACACUUCCGACACGGCCAGACCAUGUCCUCCUGGAUCGGCGAGCACGACUUCCCACCGUCCUUCACAGCCCUCGUCGCAAACGCUUUACCGCCGUACCUGAUCGCCUCGGAAUCACACAGCUGCAUCCCCUUCUCCGCAACGAACUGCGACGUGCAGGACCACUUUGCGCAGAUCUCGUCGCGGGCCGUCGUGCAUGCAGCGGACCAGGCGAAGGCGAGUACAAUCGCUGCGCCGCAGACAUCAAGAGAAGCCUUGCCAUUGCCGUUACCAUUGCGCGCCAUUGCGCCGGGUGUUGCGCCGGAGCAGCUGAGCUCGUUUACGCAGGUGCUGACGCUGCAUCUGAGCCGGUUUGCGCGGGAGCAGAUCCAGGUCCGCGGGGGCGAGGUGCCGAGUGAUGAGGUGUUCCAGCAGGAGGCGCGGCGGGUGCUGUAUGAUUCGGAGGAUUCGUGGAAUCAGACGAUUGCGGAUAACCCGGAGUGGAUGAUGGCGUUUAGGGGGUUGCAUUGUGAUGGGGGCCUUGGACCUGCAGUUGAUUAG